AUGACUGCUCAGUCUGGAAGUGCAACUGUGGAUGGUGUGGCCCGGAAUAGCCACACCGGUAUACGGGUUGUCGUAGUGGGGGCUGGUGUCGGUGGCCUUUUCACGGCGCUCGAAUGUUGGAGAAAAGGUAUUGAUGUGAUCGUUCUUGAGAGAGCCGAGAAGAUAUCCGUUAUUGGUGAUGUCCUUGUCAUUGGGCCGUCUGCUUGGGCCACGCUCCAAAACUACCCCAAUAUGGCAAAGGAUUACGACAAGAUUAAGCAUGACGUGACGUACAACUUUCUGAGCCAACAGAGUGAGCUACUUCGUGGUCCUCAAGAGGUUGAAUGGAAUUUGCCUGGGGUGGCGAGGCACGCCAGCUAUCCAACAAGAAUCGCUGGCAUUACAGCACGGCAAGACAUUGUCGCAAUGCUUUUCAGUCAGGUGCAAAGACUUGGCAUCCAAGUUGAGUUUGGAACCAACGUUGUUGAGUUCUCGGAAGACGCCAGUCGCGGGACUGCGACUGCUCGGGCUUUUGACGGCCGAGAGUUCACCGGUGAUCUUGUUGUUGCUGCCGACGGCUUGGGCACCAAAUCACAUGGGGUCAUUCUUGGACAGCCAGUCGGCGUACUCCCCAGUGGAUAUGUUUGUUUGAGAGGAUCGUUUCCCACCAAAGCUGUCGAAAACGUCCCAUCAGUUCAAGCACUGCUCCCCAAAGCUGAUGAACGACCUAAAAUAUUGGUUUAUACUGCAACCAAAACACAUUUCAUUCUCACUCUGUCCCAUGAGAGGGUCUACGUUGCUCUCACACUCGAGGAUAAUGGAGGAGCUGAGGAGUCUUGGUCGAAGACUGUAAGCGGCCCUGAAAUCGCUGCUAUGCUAUCUUCCUCGGGAAAAUGGGCCCAAGAAGUAGUUGACUGUUUCGAAAACGCCCCAGACGGCUGCAUUGUAUCUUGGAAACUAUGCUGGCGUGAUCCUCAGCCUAAAUGGACUUCUAAAGGGUCACGAAUUAUCCAAUUGGGCGACAGUGCCCACAGCUUUUUACCUUCGUCCGCCAACGGUGGAACGAUGGCUGGUGAAGACGCCUUGUCACUGGCAGAAUGCCUCAAGAUCGGAGGCAAAGCUAACGUGCCUAUGGCCGCAAAAGUUCAUGAAAAGUUACGAUAUCAGCGGGUAUCAUUGGUUCAAAAAACAGGCUUUGUCAACCGACGCGAAUUGCACCAAGACAUGAAAGACAUUCUCAACGAUGGGGGCAAGCCAAUGCUUCAAGGAAAGUGGGUUUGGACGCACAAUCCUGAGCUGUAUGCCAAGGAUAACUACGAAGCAGCUCGAGCAGCAAUCGAGGCUGGAACGAGUUUUGACAACUCUAACCUUCCGCCAGGACAUAAGUGGGAGCCGUGGACAAUGGAAAAAGAGCUGGAGAAGGAGGCGUCUGGUGUCUUCUUCCAAGACUUAAAGACCAAUGGCGACUGGGGUAUCUCAGCAUAG